AUGACACGAAAUUUGAAUUUGGCAAAUUUUUUACCUGAAUCGACAUCGAUAUUAGAAGUGUAUGAAAAUUAUACGAAAGCAUAUGGUUUUAAUAGCUUAACCUUUUUUUUAUCGUCAUUGAUUGGAUUUGGUCAUUUUGGAAAUAAUUCAUCAACGUAUUGUGCUGAAACCAAUAGCCAAACAAAAACAAGUUUAUUUUUAGUUAUAGUUGGUGCAAGUGCUUCUAAAAAAUCGAAAUACAUACAAAAGGUAUAUGAUGCAACAACAACAGCCGAAAAGAUCCUGUUCACGCAAAAAAGCGAAGCGGACCAAAUCGAACUAGCUGUCUUUGCUUUAAAAUACACCAACACGAAAAAUAUUGAAAGUUUAUCAACACCGUUACCAAAUGAUAUUUUACGAAAAAUUACCUUCAUUGAACAAUCGUUAUCGUAUCCUGAAGCGAUGCGAUCGCUAACAAGAUCGAACUUGUUCUUUUGUGCACCAGAAGGUGAUUUUAUAUUAGACCAAUUAAAUUUUUUUGAUCACGAUAAAGACAAUAUUCCAAUGCGAGGAUGUGCAAGUGCUCUUUUCGAUGGUCAAUCAAUAACACGAUCAAAUUUUCAUGGGCGUACGAUUAUUGAGAAUAAAACUCUAUCAAUUUGUGUUGGUUCAACAGGUGCCAAAUGGUUGAAUAUUCUGCUUCACUUAUUUGAUAAUUUGACAACAGAUGGGUUUCAUCCUCGAUUUCUUUUACAUUGUGUCGAGCCUGCAACAACUAUUGAUGGAAAAGAAAGUCAACUAAAUCGUGCAAGACCAUCAAUUGUCCAUUUAUAUAUUAUACGUGGUCUUAUGGGUAAUCGAAUUCAAGUUUUUUCACCCGAUGCCAGCGUAUAUAUACAACCAUACUUGACAUCCUUAAAUUCAAAUGAACCACAUCCCCGUAUCAAAUUUCGAGCGACAACAUCUUAUGAACAAGUCGUCGAGAGACGUGGUGCUGAAUUGAUUAUACGUCUGGCUUCAAACAUUCAAUACCAGAAAGAUAUACUUGCUGUUAUAUCUAAAAUCAAACAGCUUGAUUUUUUAAAUUACGACCAAUUUUUUAUCGAUCAAGCCAAAUCAAUUAUCGAAGCAAUGUUUGGGCCAUCACCAGAUUUAACGAACGAUGUAACAACAGCAAUCAAUGGUUCAAAAAUGAUAAUCACAAAACAAACAUGUGAAGAAGCUGUACAUAUCUUUAUCGAUGUACUAAUGCCGCAGCAUUUUAUUUUGAUGAACAAUCGUGUUAAUGCCGAUAGCACUGAAACGCCAACAGAAUUAAGAAAUCAAACUGAUAUUUUAAAAUUACCUUAUCGUUUUUUUUAUAAAACCACGUUAUUUGGAAAUCGAGGUGUAUUAAAGAAUAUCCACAAAGAUGAAAUAGAUCAUUUUCUAAAUCGAUUGGUUCGUCGAGGUAUUCUCAAAAAAGGAAAAUUUUUGAAAUCAUCGAAACAAAGUGGUACAUAUGAAUCAUAUUUAAAAUAUUUACCAUCUGAUCCAUUAGAAGAAAAAGAAUUAUCGUUCGAACUACAAAAACAUCAUAUACAAUUUGAUGAAUAUCAAGAUAUUUACAAAGUAAGUGCUGUUUCACCAGAUGGUACAAUUUUAACUGUUGAUGGGGAAUUCGUAAUGAAAAAACAAAAUGUUAACUUUAUGGUAUUAAAUAAUCAUCAAGACACGUAUGUUACACAAAGUACUUCAGAUUUAGCACAUGGUCAAGUGACAUCAAUUGUUAAUGUUUGCGGUGGAAAUGCGUUUAAUUUGGCAAAUGUACAUGAUGAAGUGUCAAUGGAUGCGGUUGAUCAACAAGUUGAUCAAUUUGAUGAACAACUAUUGAAUUCUUUAUUUAACACAGGUGGUGAUGUAUCUGUACGAAGUUCCAUUUUUGAUCGUCAGCCACAACCGCAGUUGGUAAUAUUGUCAACGAACAAUUGUGAUAAUUUUUCAAUGAAUCAACAACAAUUAUUAGUGAACAACGUUGAUUCACCAAGUGGCUUUUCAGAACAACAGCAACAAGUACAAACCAACAAGAACGAGCCUUACAUAGCUCAAAGGGAAACUUCUUUAGAAAAUGAAGUGCAAAAUCGUUUACAAAGUACUACUCAAUUACAAGAAGAAGAGCCCAUCAUAUGUGAUUGUAGUCAAAUGGAAAUAAUUCCUAUCUUGCACGAUAUCAAAAACGAUUUUCUUCAUGCUCAAGAACCAGAAACAUCAAAUAUGGAAAUAGGUAAUGAAAAGCAAAACAAACUUUGCCAAUCACCGUUACAAAACCAAUUACAUUUACAGGAUUCGAUUUCCAUGCAACAGCAUACGUCAAAAAGUUCUGACGGAAAUGAACCAUAUGCGCCUCAACCAAUCAAUGGAAAUGAUUCAUCUCGAGGUGCACGUAUGACAUACGACCAAUUCACAGGUUCAAUUCCAAUUGCAUCAACUCCUAUUCUAUCAACCGAAAGUGUUGCUAAUUCAUCACUAAAUUCGUUCAUAUUAUCGAAUGCUUCAACUUCUGAAAAGCCAAUAUGGAGUAUCGAUCCAUUUGAGGCAUUAAAAAAUCCAAACGCAAUACCACCACGCAUUUUGUCAAAAUGCAAACAGAUGCUCUUAUCAACAUCACCGAUCAUUACCAAAACGUGCUGGAAUCGUCGUUUUGGUGGCGAUAGCAAUUUAUGUUUAUCAGCAAUAAAGUUAUUGAUGGUGGCAGAUUUAUUAGAAGAAGGCAAUUUUUCAGCUACUACGACUAAUACAUUUGUUAGUUGGAUGAAGAAAUUGCCACUGGAUACGAAUAACAUUUCUGAUACAUUAGAAUUUCAACAAAUGAAACUAGAUACCUUUAAUGUUACGUGGCAACAAUAUGCAUCAUCAUUCAAGGAAACAGCUUUUGGUCACAGCAAGAGAUUCUCAUUUGUAUCAACAGAAGCAGCCGAAAUUCUUCGAAGUAAACCAUAUAGUGAUGUUGGAUUUAUACUUAAUGAAUCAGCUGUUUUAACAAAAAAAGACACAAGUUCUGCUCAAAACGUAAACAAAGCAAUGGAUAUAUCUUCCAAUCCACCCGAGUCAAUUGCUUUAAUAAGUCCAAAUGAUCUUAGUUCAAUUACAGUUGAUUCAAAUACACGAUUAGAGACGGCAUCAAUUACUACUACAUCUGUAUCACAUCAACUUUCCUCAUCUAUCGAAUUACACGACGUUUCGUUAAAUGCAGCUUCUGGGAUGCCGACGAUUGAUUCAAUACCAACUGGCUCAUCUACUCCAAAACGAACAAGAAAACAUUUGAGUCCUAUAAGAACUCGAUCGAAAAGUCGACGACACGAAUUUUGA